AGAGAAUAAGAUUAACUUCAACUCUCUAACCAAUCAACACUAAGAUCAAACCAAUUGGUAGGUCCCAUUAACCUCCAUUAAUAUUCCUGUAGCAAAUUACCAAAAGUGCAUUAAGCAGAGAAAAAAAAGUGACUCUUUCAUCACAGUGUCUAGUCUCAACACACACACACACAAAAUAUUAAUUGAAUCAUUGUUACUAACAUUUCAUUUGAGAAAAAAAACCAUAAACAACAUAGUUUUAUGAUCAAAGUCAUGAAAAGUGAUGCAGAUGCAGGUGCCUUGGGUGCCAAGACAGCAAGGGCAUGUGAUAGCUGUUUAAGAAGAAGAGCACGUUGGUUUUGUGCUGCAGAUGAUGCUUUUCUUUGUCAUGGCUGUGACAAUUUGGUUCAUUCAGCUAAUCAAUUAGCAAGUAGACACGAAAGGGUUCGUCUACAAACCGCGUCUGCUAAGGUAACAACUACAGCACAAGCAUGGCAUAGUGGAUUCACAAGAAAAGCAAGAACUCCACGCCAUAACAAAAAUUCGUCGAUUCAACAACAACAGCAACGUCUUAAGGAGAAAGUUCUUUUCAAUACUAGUUUUCUUCCACUUGUUCCUGAGCUUGGACGCGAAGAAGAAGAACAAGGACAAGAAUUACUUGUCGAUAUUGAUGAAGCCGAGGAGGAGAAUUUGCUUUGUCGAGUACCAGUUUUUGAUGUCGAUCCUUUUGAUUUAGAGAAUUGUAAUGUGAAAAAUGAUGGUGCUGAUUUUGAGGAAAUGUGUGAUUUGGAUAGUUUUUGUGAAUUUGAUGUUGAUCUUGCUGAAUUUGCAGCUAAUGUUGAAAGCUUACUUGGUGUUGGAAGUAAUGAGAAUAUUCAUGAGAAUUCAUCAGGACAAGUGUUUGAUUAUAAACAAGAGAAUGAAAUAGAUACAUCUAAGAAUGAAGUGUUAAAGGUUAAAGAUGAAGAACUUGAUGAUUUGGAAUCAGUUUUUGAUAUGACAAGUGAUGAAGUUUUUCAUUGGAAUUUUGAUAAUAAUGAAUCAUUAGCACAUCAUCAAGAGAAAGAGUUUGUGAUGGUGAGUAAUAAUAGUGAGAGUGUUAUUAGUACUAAAGAGGAAACUAAGAGAGAGAGAUUUUUGAGACUAAACUAUGAAGAGGUUAUUAGUGCUUGGAGCAGGCAAGGUUCUCCUUCUCCAUGGACUACUGGAAACCCUCCUAAGUUCAAUUCUGAUGAUGAUUCAUGGCAAAACUUUUUGGGUUCAAGUGGUGUAGAAGGAGAAGUGAGAAGCUUAAGGGGACAAUUAAUGGGAAAUAAUGGAGAUGGAGGAAGAGAAGCAAGAGUAUCAAGGUAUAGAGAGAAAAGAAGAACACGUUUGUUUGCAAAGAAAAUAAGAUAUGAAGUAAGGAAAUUGAAUGCAGAAAAGAGACCAAGAAUGAAAGGUCGUUUUGUUAAAAGAACAUCAUGUUUUGUUGGAGGAGUAGGAGUUGGAGGAGGAGGAGGAGGAGCCACUUCUCUUCCCACAAAUUACCACUGACAUCAAAUAUUAUCAAUUGAUUAAUUAUUAAUUAACUUCCAUGUUUGCUUUUUUGCAAACUUGGAUUAAUUAAUAUAUAUUUGGUGAAUGCAUGUGGUUGUGUAUAGUACUAUGUAUUAUAAAUAAUAAUGGUAUUAAUUACUUUGUAAGGUUUUUUUACUAUUAGAAUUAAUGUUGCUUGAGAUGUUUCAAUCUAUCUCUAGCUUCAGGUGUUAAUUAGUAGUACUAAUUAACGGUAACCCUUCAAUUAUGAGCUAGUGGAAGAACAAGAUUGGCUAUGAUUUUUGUAAGCCUUUUAUUAUUAUAUUGUUCCUUAUUAGAAGAAACUCACAUUCAAGUGUUCAUGCUAA